AUGUCUCUCCGGGCUCGUUGCCUCGGCGCGGCGGCAGUGGCGCUUUUCUGGCGCGUUGCGCCACCCUUUGUUCAGAGCCAAAGUCAUGCUGGCAGCUGUUUGCGGAGGCCGCUCCAGCGGUUGGCGACCUCGCAGGUGGAGGCACCAACGCAGACAAGGUUCGAGGACCUGAGACUCUCCGACGAGGGCAAGGCAGCAAUGAGAGAAACCUUCGGGUACGAGGCGCUGACAGACGUGCAACAAGCGACCUUCCAAUCGAUCUUGGAGGGCAGUAACCUCCUGGUCCGGGCGAAAACGGGAGCUGGAAAGACUCUGAGCUUCCUUCUGCCCACGAUGGACCGUCUCCAUCGGGCGGAGCCGCCCUCAGAAGCGGAGCUGGCGAUCUUGAUCCUGAGCCCUGUGCGAGAGCUUUCCAUGCAGAUACAUGCUGAAGCUUCGAAGCUCGCGGGCCACUUCCCCUCCCUGCAGUCAGUGCUUAUGGUGGGUGGCUCCAGUUGGGAAGAGGACGUCGAAGCCUUGGACGCCGUGUCUUCUGGUUAUGUCGUGCUGGUGGCGACGCCAGGCCGCUUGCAGACGCACCUGGAUAAGACUGCCGGUUUUCGGCAGCGUCUCUCCAGAGUGCAGGUACUCGUCUUGGACGAAGCGGACCAGCUGUCUGGUGAGCUCUUCGGCGAGGUGACCGGGAGCAUCCUCGAAGCUCUUGAUCUCGGAGACCGCCAGAAUCUCUUCUACUCGGCAACGAUUUCAGAGGAUGUUCAGCAGCUCAUCGCCAAGGUCGCGCCGCAGUAUACAUUUGAAGAUAUGCUGGCGCGCGAAGAUGUGUCGGUUCCGGAGAGCAUUGUCCAGACCUACCAAGUGGUGCCGACGGAAGACAUGACCACGGCCUUUUGGCGCUGUGUGCUGUCGGCGAAGAAGCAUUUCCAGGACAUGCCACCAAAGAUUGUGGCGAUCUUCCUGACGGGCCGUGUGGCGGCCUACUAUGCCGAGGCGUUUCGGCUUUCUGGCGUUGGCUUGGAGGUCUACGAGAUUCACUCGCGGCUGAAGCAGCAGCAGCGGACAGUUCAGUCGGACGGUUUUCGAGCUGCCGAGAGCGGAAUCCUCUUCACAUCGGACGUAACCUCAAGGGGCCUGGAUUACCCUGGUGUCACCGCUGUGAUACAGGUUGGUGCCCCAGAUGGCCGCGAUGAGUACAUCCACCGAGUGGGCCGCACAGGAAGGGCGAGCAGCGCAGGCCUCGGAGUGCUUCUACUGCACGACUUUGAGAGAGACUUUCUGGAUCAGAUCGGUGACCUGCGGAUAUCGGAAGCGUCGGUGGAGGCGGUGGAUACCCCCGACUUUCCAGCAAUGAAGAUCGGGACGAAUGUCAAAGCUCAAGCAUACUACUCGCGGAUCAACCACGUCUUGAGGCACGGCGAGGGCCUUGACGUGCUGGAGGUCUUCCGCGAAGGUCAGCGCUUCGCUAGCUCUAUCGGUGCUCUCGACAAGGAGGGCCGCCCCCCAGCGCUGACGGAGCAGAACGCGCAGAGGUACGGUGUGGCUGAAAUCGAUGACCCUGCGAUUAACAUCGUGCGCGCUCCUCCGGCGCCGUCCGUCUCCAUCUCCUAUCAGAUCUUCGAUGCGAUUGCCCUUGGCCGCUCGCUUCCGAAGCUGCUUGCUGCACAAGCCGCGCAGCAUGGGAAGGUGGUUGCCAUCUUCAUCAACGGCGAUAUCGCGAAGCUCUACGCCGAGAUGGCGCGAAAGGACAGCUCGUCCUACGAGGUCUACGAGGCCCACUCUGCAAACAGCAAGAAGGUGAGGAAGAAGGUGGUGCAAAGUUUCGCCGCCGCUGCAAACGGGGUCCUCUUCACAGCAGGGCUCUCUGCUGCUACUCUUCCGUCAGAAGGAGUUUCAGCGAUCAUCAUGAUUGGGUUGCCUGCCUCCGCCAAAGACUAUGGUCAGAUUGUGGACUACAUUUCACGCGCCGACUCCGCCACCACAGCUUUGCUGUUGCUUUCGGCUUUUGAAGAGAAGGCCUUAGGCGCUUUGGCCACUGACGCAUUGGUUGCCUCCCCUGCAGAGGUCCCAGAGGACGACCCUGGUGUUCUGGAGGAGCUCAAUGACAAGCUCCUGGCGAAGGCAUACUUCUCAUGGCUGAGGCACUACGCGCUGAACCCGUUGCUGCAAGAUAAGCUCAAAGCGGUGCAGGAGGCCACUCGCUUCGCCGAAGCCAUCGGCGCCCUCAAGGAAGGAAAACCUCCAGCCCUUGCGCCAAGCAUGUUGGCAGACAUGGGUAUCGAAGGAGUCGCUGAUGAUGCACUCAACGUCGUCUGCUGCCAUGGAAACGCUUGCUCUCGCUUGGACGCCUUUCUUCAGGUCUACUGCUUCCUGCCCUUGAACAUCGCAGUCUGCUGUUUCGACUUCUCCGGCUCAGGUAUGAGUGGCGGUGAGUAUGUCUCUUUGGGCUACUUCGAACGUGAUGACCUGGCGGCCGUGAUCCAGAACCUACGAGAAAAGCGCGGCUACACUCGAGUCGGAGUUUGGGGUCGAUCGAUGGGGGCUUCCACCGCCGUGCUACAUGGCUCUCGUGACCCCUCUCUUGCCGGCAUUGUGGCCGACAGCCCCUUCAGCGACCUUUGGAAUCUGAUGCAGGAGAUUGUGAACUCGAAGCUUCGCCUCCCUUCAAUGAUGUGCCGUGCCGUCUUUGAAGGCAUUCGCGUGGCCAUCCGCCAGCAGGCCAACUUCGACAUUUGCGAGGUGUCACCCAAGAAACAUCUCGAGAGCUGCUUUGUACCGAUCCUCUUCCUACAUGGAGAUGAGGAUGGCUUUGUGCAGCCUCAUCACUCGGAGAUUCUGAAGCAAGGUUGGCAGGGAGAGGCCUCCCGAUUCACAAUGCCCUCGACGGAUCACAACGACCAUCGUCAGGAAAAGUUCCUGGCGCGUGCGACACUAUUCAUGGUGCGGGCAUUGCGUUGGGAAGACUAUCUUGACCAAAUGGCUCUGAAGAUCUUGGAGCAUGGCCUUCUUCCAACCCAGGCGAAUCGUCAGAUUGUUGAGCAGAAGGUCAAUGGUUCUGCCACGCUUCGGGCGGCAGCCGAGUUUGAGCAGCUGGCGCUGUCCGAAGAUAUCCGAAAGAUGACCGCGUGCAAAGACCCGGCUGUGCGGCAGCAGGGCCUCGUCUUGGCUGCAGCAGAGCUGAGCGGUGCUUACCGCGGCGCAGAGCGACUGGCGGUUGGGCAGUCAGGUUCCUUGAAGAUGCAGAUGCCGGCAGCAUUUCAGGGAAAGAUCUGCUUCGCCAAAGACGACACGGAAGUUGCCUUCGGCUGGGUUGGUGGCACCGUGCCGUCUUUGGGCUACAUUGUUCAGUUCGCUGUGCUCUCCGCCACGGCACUGAGCAUCUCCCGUGUGAUUCUGAAGCCCCUGAAAGGUGGUCAGGGCUUCUCUUGCCAGGCCGGUGUGGAGCUGAUGAGCAUGGAGGCUGUGGAGCUGCCGCUUCACGAGCUUCUUGACUUCCAGCUCUUCAUGCCAGCCGGCCAUUCCGCACAGCUUGUCAUCAAAGGCCACGUGACCGGCACGAUGACAAUGCCCGAGAGUGCUGACCGGCUGGAGCCGGUGAAGUUCUUGGAACCCUGCUGUUGGUGCUGGAGGCAAUCCAACAGCCAAGUGGUGGUGAACCUGGCUCCUGCGAAAGACUUGGAUCCUCCGUCGCCGAGGCAGUGGCAAGGUCGCCAGAGAACGGCCACCCUGACGGGUUACGGAGAUGAAAAGAAGGACCAGUUGGCUGAGGAGCUCGCCUCCAUGUGUUUGGGGGCUUCCUUGCAUCCCGCCGUGACGAGCCCGAAGCAUGCUACCAUCAUCUACUACGACGAGGCUGAGUCAGCUGGAAGCAGCGCUGGGGGGUACCGGAGCUAG